CUGUGACUUGCCACAAGGUUCUCUCUUGGUGGAAGAAUAGCAAAGGAGGAACAUCGUCCUUUACUUUCACCCUAACCGACGCCAUGGAAGACUCGACUAGUUGACAUUACCUGAACCUUCUCUUUUAAGCUUUCUUCUUCCGAUCACUGCGUUCCCUCAAUAAGCAACCCGCCGGUUUUUAUCGACGUUAUCUCAAGUUUCUACACCCUAAAGAUGAAGUACAUUAUCGGCAUUGGCGGCGUAACCAACGGGGGGAAAACUACCCUCACCAACAAGUUAAUCAAGAACUUGCCCAAUUGCUGUGUGGUUCAUCAGGAUGACUUUUUCAAGCCCCAAGAUGAGAUUGACCUUGGCGAAGAUGGCUUUAAGCAGUAUGAUGUCAUUACUGCUUUGGACAUGGACGCCAUGAUGAGCACAAUCUACGCUUGGCUUGACAACCCGGUGAAGUUUGAAAGGUCACACGGUGUCAACAACACCAUGGAUACUGAGAUACUCCCUAAAACCGAGAAUAAGGAUGAGGGUCUUCACAUCCUUAUUGUGGAGGGCUUUCUGCUUUACAACUAUGGACCUUUGAUCGAUGUGCUGAACCAACGCUACUUUAUUUCUAUCCCAUACGAAGAAUGCAAAAAGAGGAGGUGCUCAAGGAACUACGCGGUGCCAGACCCACCCGGUCUGUUCGAUGGCCAUGUCUGGCCCAUGUACGUGAAACACAAGGAUAUCAUGGAGAACUCAGGUGUUGACGUUGUGCAGUUGGACGGAAGAAGGACGAAGGAGCAACUGUACAAUGCCGUUUACGGGGACAUCAUGAACAACACCCAGAAAUGUCUUCAACAUUAAACAAAGGUCACAUGAUCGGCUGAGAACAAGACACAUACUCAAACCUGCAGGAGGAAAACUGCCUGGCUUAACUUUUGGAGUGGCAGCUCACUAUAAACCAAACUGUCAGCCAAGACAAGAAUUAUUCAUUCAACAGCAUAUAAUAUGCCAGCUUGAAAUUUUAUAUCGUCAAUAUUUAUUGCUUUUUACGUCUACUCAAGUUCAUAUCAGGUCAAGGAUGAUUGCAAUUCAUUACACAAUAUGAAUUCAAUGUCUAAAUAAAGACUCCUCCUGCAACAAA